CUCCACAACGGAGACGGACGAGCCAUCUCCAUUUCCAUUGCUUUUCCGUUUCCUCCAGCGAACUCAUUCCAACACCUCCACACACCUUCAAGCUUAUGUUUUUCAUCUUCAUUAAAUAACAUUAUCCUUUUCCUCCGUCACCAUAACUCCAAACCCCACACACAUCAGGAGAAACAAUCCAAGAUGAUUUACGAGGGUCUUACAGCCUGGAUGCUUCUCUGUUACCAGGUGACCUGUCGACCAUUGUCAUCCGAGAUCCUGAAGGAAGAUGAGAAGGUUACCAGAUGUAUUGUGGAAGUGAUCUCAGAUACUCUCUCCAAACCCAACCCACUGCCGCUGAGUAAUGAAUGCAGCAAGAUUCUCAAAGAAGAUGAGAGAGUUCUGGCUAUGGUGCAUCAUCAGAAUCUUCUGAGGGAGCUGGAGGAGCUCACACAUCACGGAGAGAGUUCAGCUCAGCAAAAGCCUCUUAAAAGCGACAAAAAGUGGAACUACCCGACAGCAGAAAGCGUAGAGUGGAAAGAGCAGGGCAAUUUGGAGAAGAGGCUUGUGUCACUCAAGAAGGACGGGCGAGAUGAGAGGAGGGACAAUCUCAACAGCCAGGGCGGAUCAAAUGUGAAGAAGAAUAUCCCUUCAAAGGAAGAGGGAGACAUGAAGAAGUAUGAGAAAAGCAAAGGGGUGAACAUGGAGGAAGAACACAAAGACAAAGAAAUUAUUAACGGUGAAGAUGACACCAAGGUCGUGAUGCACGCAAGCCAGGAAGAGGUUGGUGAUGAAGACAAAGGAAGUUCUGAGAAGAGGCAGAGUGAGUCAUCUGAGGAAGAUCAAAGUUCCAAUGAGCUUGGGCAAGAGGAACGUGACCUCCUCAAGAUUGAUGAACUGAUUGAGAAGAUCGCCAAGCAGGAACUGGAGAGCCGAGAAGUCAAGCAAGGAGAGAAGAAACACUGGAGCAAAGAGAAAGAUGACGUCGACAGGAGAGAUGACCACGGACAGACAAGUGUUAAGAAGCGAGUUCAAGAGAAUGCCAGUGAUGAAGAAACUGGUCAGUUUGAAGCAGAGCAGAAAGGGCUGAAGAUCUUGGAGACCCAAACCCAUCUGCAAGGAACCUCCGAUAAGCAUUCCCUUGAGCAGGAGGUGGGUGAAGGUAAGAGACACCAUCGCUUUGACGUGGACUUGAAGAAGAGACGUGAAGGUGACACUGAACAGCUGUGGAAGAGGCAGCGUGAUUUGGAAAACGGCAAGGAAGAAGAGGAGGGAGAGGGAGAGGAGGAGGAGGGAGAGGAAGAAAGGAAACUGAGACAUGAGGAGCACGAGUUGAGGAACCUGGCGGAGAUUGAGAAGGAACUGAAGGAGGUUGCUGAGAAACUCAGAGACAUUCGGCGGGGUUGAGGCACGUUCCCAAGGGCUUGGCUCCCGUGAUAUUGACCAUCUCGUGUUUAAGUGUUACACCAGCCUCUCAUCUAUUUCCCUGGCUCUGUACUGUUAUAGUCCAAAGCUUUAUGAAGCAUGGACAGGUGCAGUGAUGCAUGGUAUAUAAUUCAACCUUCAUUGUUCUUUUGGUAAUCAGUAAUGUCACUCCAUCAAUGAAAGGAUUGGAUUUAGAAAACAACUCUUCACACCUUCCCUUGGGUUAAUGACUAUCCCAUGGCAUUGCUCUGGAGGAGAGGGAACAGGGGUGCCUGGUGGGCAUUCUAUGCACUGCAGGCUUGACUGCACAGCUCAGAAUGAUGCCCAAAUAAGGUGUGCAUGAUGAGUUAACACACAGUGGACUUGGCAGAAGAGAAAUUGCUCCACACUUCUCCAACUUUCCUCUUGCAAUGUGCUCUUAUGCGGUGUUUGAGCAUUAAGGCUGAAGCCAGCACUUACUGCUCAUCCCUCACUGCCCCUCAAGAAGGUGGUUGAGUCGAUGGGGUGAAGGUGCUAUGGUCUUUGGGUGUCCCGGGACUUAGACCCAGUGGUGAUUAUAUUUCCAACAACAGAUAGUUUUCUGCUGCUUUUCCUCAACAUUGGAUCUCCGGGGAGAAUUAAGUCCAUUUAGGGCGUGCAUUUAAGGUGAGAGGGGGCAAGUUCAAAGGAGAUGUGCGGGGCAGGUUUUUUUUACACAGAGAGUGGCGGGUGCCUGGAAUGCUCCGCCAGGGGUGGUGGUGGAGGCAGAUACAACAGAGAUGUUUAAGAGGCUCUUAGACAGACACGUGAAUGUGCAGAGAAUGGAGGGAUGUGGACCAUGUGCAGGCAGAAGGGAUUAGUUUAGUUUGACGUUUAAUUACUAGUUUAGUUGGUUCAGCACAACAUCGUGGGCCGAAGGGCCUGUUCCUGUGCUGUACUGUUCUAGGUUCUAUGUUCUAAAAAUAAUGUCACAAUGUCAGAAGCAGCCAUUAGCAUCUCAGGUAUGACAAAAAAUUGACCCAAACAUCCAGGCAUUGCAUUUACUGGCAACUCACCUUCCUGACUGCAACACUAGGCAUUGGCUUGGGGGCAGCACAGUGGCACAGCGGGCAGAGCCGCUGCCUCACAGCUCCAGCGACCCAGGUUCAGUCCUGAUCUCUGGUGCCGUGUGUGGAGUUCGCACCUUCUCUCUGUGACCGCGUGGGUUUCCCCCACAUCCCAAACACGUGCAGGUUGGUGGGUUAAUCGGCCGCUGUAAUUGCCCCUGGAGUGUGGGUGAGGGGUAGAAUCUGGGAGAGAAUUAACGGGAAUGUUGGGAGAACAAACAUGGGACUGGUGUAGGACAGUACAGCAAAGGAACAGGCCCUUCAGCCCACAAUGUAUGCGCCAACUAUGAUGCCAUUUUAAAAUGGUGCUUGAUGGUCAGAAUGGACUCGAUGGCCCAAAGGGCCUGUUUCCAUGCUGUCUCUCUGUGUAGCUCAAUGAUAAUGCAGGAUGGGGGAGAUGAUUUAACCUGGAGGAGGCUCCACAACCACUUCCAGAUUCCACAAUUCCAGAAUACUGCACAGAAGGAGGUCACAGCAACCAUGUGCUUUUAAAUAACCUCUUCAGUUGUUCUUUCCCCACAACCCAGAAACUAUUGGCCCUUAAAUUAUUUAUUAAGUUCACCAUUGAAAUUUCCUAUUCAACCUGCUCCCAACACUCUAACAGCCAGUGCGUUUGAGAUUGCAAACUCUGUCCUCUAGUUAUCAACCCAACAGGCAACAGAAAGAGUUUCUCCUGAUUUAGUGAGGACACCAGAGACCGCAGAUGCUGGAAUCAGGAGCAACAAACUGCUGGAGGAACUCAGCGGGUCGAACAGCAUCUGUGGGAGGAAAGGAAUUGUCGAUGCAGGGUUUUGACCCAAAAUGUCGACGGUUCCUUUCCUGCCACAGAUGCUGCUUGACCCGCUGAGUUCCUUCAGCAGAUUAUUUGUUUCUCCUGACUCAAACUGUUGGACACCUCCAGCAUAUCUUCCCGGAAUUUGGAAGUGAAGCAAUCUGAGUCUUCCCACGUCUCUGAUCUCCUAUUGUCCUGACUGCCCCCAUCACUAAUAAAACAACAGCUUGGAUUCCUACAGGGCCUUUAAUGUAAGAUAACACCCCAACUGUUAGCAAACAAAAUUUGACCAGACUAAAACUUCGGUUACAGAGGUAUAUGUACAGGUGCAAUGAAAAACUACUUGCAGCAGCAUCACAGGCACAUAGCGGCAGAUGCACAACAUUCAUUAGAAAAAGAUAAAUUAAAAAUUAAUUAUACAAAGUUAUACAAAAGAAAACACAACUAGAACAAAAAAUAACAAAGUCCAUUGUAGUGCAAAGUGGUCAAAGUGGUCACAGUGUUGCUGUACUGAGGUAGGGUUAGGGUUGUGCAAGUUGGUUCAAGAACAAAAUAGUUGAAGGGAAGUAGCUGUUCCUGAACUUGGUGGUGUGGGACUUCAUGCUUCUGUACCUCCUGCCCGAUGGGAGCUGCGAGAAGGUGAUGAGGAUCUUUGAUGUUGGAUGUUGCCUUCUUGAGGCAACACCUCAUGCAGAUACUACCGAUGGUGGGGAGGGAUGUGAGGUAGAUUUGACCAGGGAAGAAGAGCAGAUUUCCUCUUUGAUGUUGGAUGUUGCCUUCUUGAGGCAACACCUCAUGCAGAUACUACCGAUGGUGGGGAGGGAUGUGAGGUAGAUUUGACCAGGGAAGAAGAGCAGAUUUCCUUCCAUGAAGGACAGGAGUGAACCAGGUGGACUUUUACAACAGUUAGAUAGUUUCAUGGUUACUGCACCGGAUUUUUUCUGGAUGUAGUUAAUUGCCUGAAUUUAAGCUGUCCAGUGGCUGUGUUGGGAUCUGAACUGCUGGAUCAUUGGUCAAUUCAGUAACAUACUUGGUAUGACUGCCCUCACUAUCGUUGGAAUGAACAUCUAGAGGGGUAAUGUUUCACCCCCUGUGCCUCACUCCAUUCCCCAUGUACCAGGCAAACUGCUCAAUCCCUAAACAGGGAGGUCGAAGCACAGGGAAUGACCCAUCAAGCUCCCAAAUAAGCAGAAUCAAUUAUCAAAACCUCUCUCUGUAGCAAUAGCUGAUCUGCUGAUUUCCCUCCAUGGAUGCUGCCUGACCUGCUGAGUUCCUCCAGCAGCUUGGUUUUUUUUUGCUCCAAGUUCCAGCAUCUGCAGUCUCCUGUGUCUCUGCUGAUUUAUCUCACUUCCGCUGUUGUGGUGCAGUUAUCACAUUGGGAUAAUUGUAAAACUGACUCAGUUAUUGCUGAAUUAAAUUAAAAUGUUGCUUUUAAUUGCGCUUGGUGGCAAAAGGAAUACAAAUAGCUGAUGGCUGUGCCCUUGAUGCCCAUUGUUGUACUCACUUUGCCAAUCUCCAAUAUAAACCCAGACUUUAUUGCGGUUGAUGAAGGUUCAUGACGAUGGACCCUUCACCACCCUCCAUGGAGCUCCCCAGAUUUUCCACAGCAUCUUGAGGAACUUUCUGGGACUCAAAAUGUUUCCUAUUGCUGCAUUUAUGGCAUGCUCCAAUCAUAGACAAGCACCGUAUCUUCACAGCUUCUGAUUGGCUCACUGAUAGAAAUGGGGCAAUUGUGAUGGUGGGAAGGAAGGCAUCAGCCUAUUGGCUCCCAACAGCUGUCAAUCAUAAGGUUGCUUGGCGUUCCCAAAGCUCCAGCUGUCAACUAGCUGCCCAAUUGGAACUGCCCUGUGACCCUGCGCUGCUCAUUGGCUGAGAGUUUGGGUCCUUCACUGGGAUACGGUUCCCAUCGUGUGCUGGCCGAUGAGUUCACAAAAUUAAUUGGUAAUUGAUUUAUUAUUGUCAUAUGUAUCGAGGUACAGUGGAAGGCUUUGUUUUGCAUGCCUUCCAGGCAGAUCAUUCCAAACAUCAGUACAUCGAGGUAGUACAAGGGAAGAGCAACAACAGAAUGCAGAAUCUAGUGUUACAGUUACAGAGAAAGUGCAGUGCAGGCAGACAAUAAGGUUCAAGGCCAUAACGAGGUAGAUUGCGAGGUCAAGGGUCCACCUUAUCGUACCAGGGGACCAUUCAAUAGUCUUAUAACGGCGGGAUAGAAGCUGUCCUUGAGCCUGGUGGUACGUGCUUUCAGGCUUUUGUAUUUCCUGCCCGAUGGGAUUGGGGAGAAGAGAGAAUGUCCAGGGUGGGAGGGAUCUUUGAUUAUGUUGGCUGCUUUCCUGAGGCAUUGGGAAGUGUAGACAAGAGUCCAUGGCGGGGGGAGGCUGGUUUUCAUGAUGGACUGAGCUGUGUCCACAACCUGCUACAAAAUGGAGAAUUCCAUGAGUAGGGAGAGGUUCCAUGACAGUGAGAGGUUGGCCAGGCUAGGUUGUUAUUCCCUGGAACGUAGGAGAAUGAGGGGUGACCUUAUAGAAAUGUUUAAAAUUAUUAGAGGCACAGAUAAGGUGGACGGUAACAGCCUUUUCGCCAGGGUAGGGGAGUCCAAAACUAGAGGGCAUAGAUUUAGGGUGAGAGGUGAAAGAUUACAAGGAACCUGAGGAGCAACCUAUUCACAGAGUGAGUACAUGGAACGAGCUGCCAGAGGAAGUGGUUGAGGCAGGUACAAUCGUAUUAUUUAAGGAGCAUUGGAUUGGUCCAUACAGGGGUGAGGCUUAGAGGGAUAUGGGAUGAAUGUGAAAAUUGGGACUAGCUGGGUGGGCACCGUGUUCGGCAUGGGCUUGUUGGGCUGAAGGGCCUGUAUCCGUGCUGUAUUGCUCUAUGACUCCAUGAGUAUGCCGAUAUUGUCUGAGCCAGAGGCCACGUGGGGAGAGGGGGCCACGUUAGUCUCUGAAACAAUAACAGAUAUUUCACUGAAGAACAUUCAAGCCCCUUCAAAUAUAUUUUAAAAACCAAUUCAAAAUGGAAUGCCACCUACCAACGACACUCAUCUAUAAUCUGCACGUUACCAUGGAAACUUGACCAAGGCCUCCGAGGCUUCACCACGGAAUAAUCCAGAACAACUUCUCCCGGGGCAGUUGCUCUUGGGAUGGAGGGUGGGACCCACUCCAGAGUUGUGGAUGUCGAGGUGGCUGAUGAGGCUAACGUAGCCUCAUCUCUUCCCCAGAGGGGGCAGGCGGUGGGCCAUUGGUGAGGUGGUCCGCUCCUCCUGCCGCUUACGGCUGCCUUCCCUCUGCCCCCACUCGUGGCCCUGGGGUCCUCAAUCCUCUAGGCUGAGCAGUCAUGGGCUGGAGAUUCCCAGGAAGCAGCGAGGAUGCCACAGAGCCAUUCUGACAAGCGAUCUUCAUUGGGCUAAGGUGAAACAGACCCAACAGAGAUUGAAAUUGAGGCCUAGUAAUCAUUCCCCCUGUCAGGAGGCAUCCUGUUUUCAUUGUGUGAGUGACAUCACCAUUCUUGGACUGUUAUAUUAAUAUGCUAUUUUCUGGAAACCAUACCUGUCACAUUAUUAUUAUCUAUUAUGUCUUUUUUGAACAUUUUGCAUUGGUUGCCAUGGUAAUUGAAGUACCUGUAUUCCCAAAGGUGCCUGAGGCGAUUAUUCGCAGUCAUUGGUACAGUUUGGUCCACUAUUCAUCUGUAUUUACCAAUACCCGUGAGACAAUAAACCUUGUUCUGGAAUCACCA